AUGGCCGAUCAUCCCGACGAUGACGGUCCUUCGGGGCCACCCUCGCCCUUGAGCACGAGAAGGCCAAGAUUCGGUUCUCGGAGGGGCUCCGUAGAGGUGCCGGAUGAGCGUUCGCCUUUACUCUUGGGACGGGCAAGGAUACGGCGCCACCAAUCCGGCACAGAGAGUCCCAAGCAUCUUAAACCAGGCCUGUCGAGAAACCACAGCGUCGCCGGAAGCAUUCGAAGCCUACAUCAUAGCCGUAACCCGUCUCUCGGACAACGUCUCUACAAUUCCAUCGAACAUCACGAUUCAAUGGACGAGUCGAAGCAUUCAAUACAGCCUGAUGAGCGUGUAUGGUAUGACCAGUUCACGUCUACUGACUGGGUCCAUGACAACAUCGUCGAUGCUCAUCGGGCGAAGGCCCUGAGGAUGCGCAAAGACCUCCGGGGGAGGAUAAAUGCCGUCUUUGAUGCCUCUCAAGGUUGGAUCCUGAGUGCUGUGUGCGGGUUCGUCGUUGCCCUUGUCGCCUACGUCGUGAACUUGUCCGAAGCCACCGUUUUCGACUACAAGUACGGCUACUGCGCACGCGGGUGGCUUAUUAGCGAAAAGAAUUGCUGUCCUAAACAAGGUCCCUGUGCGGAUUGGCGGACUUGGUCCGAGGUCUUGCGAUUCUGGCCCUUUGGCGAUGUCGGGACCGAGUUUACCAUUUCCAUGACGGGAUGCGUCGUCUUUUCCUGUCUCGCCUGUGCCAUGACCUUGACAACCAAGACCGUGGUACCCUCGGCUUAUCGAAUGACUACCUUUGAUGAAAAUCUCGCGGCGGAAAUUGCACCCUACACGGAUGAACCAAGAGGUGACGAGACCUUGCCCUCCCCAGAAGUUUGUGAAGCGAUUGAAGCCGCCGUGCCGCCUCCGAUGGUGUACUACUCUGCUGCCGGAAGCGGUGUCGCUGAAGUUCGUGUCAUCCUCAGCGGUUUCGUCCUGCACGGCUUCCUGGGUGUAAAGACGCUGGUUGUCAAAUCGGCUGCACUCAUUCUGGCUGUGGCGUCUGGCCUCAGUCUCGGGAAGGAGGGACCUUAUGUCCACAUCGCCACCUGUAUCGGCAAUAUCGCCUGUCGACUUUUCGAGAAAUACGACAAGAAUGACGCCAAAAGGCGUGAAGUACUGUCAGCAGCUGCCGCUGCGGGAGUGGCCGUCGCCUUUGGUGCUCCUCUGGGAGGCGUUCUCUUCGGCCUCGAAGAGGUCUCGUACUUCUUUCCUGCAAAGACGCUCUUCCGCACAUUUUUCUGCUGCAUCGUAGCUGCGUUGUCCCUCAAGUUUCUCAACCCCUACGGCACGCACAAAAUCGUCAUGUUCCAGGUUAAAUAUGUGGCCGACUGGCACUACUUCGAGCUCGUAUUCUACAUUGUACUUGGAGUGUUGGGCGGUGCUGCAGGUGCGCUGUUCAUCAAAGCAUCUAAGCACUGGGCCAAAUCGUUCCGGAAGAUUGGCGUCAUCAAGAAAUACCCAAUGGUGGAGGUCAUGCUGGUUGCUAUCGCCACCUCAGUGAUGGGUUACUGGAACGUACACACCAAACAGCCCGUGGCGAAACUGAUGCUCAACCUCGCGGCCCCUUGUCACGACGACUCCGACCGCGAGGACUACGGCCUGUGCCCAACCACUACGGACGACAUUCCGCCUGUUCUCAUCAGCCUCUUCACUGCUUUUCUCAUCAAGGGAUUCUUGACCAUCAUCACGUUUGGCAUCAAAGUUCCAGCGGGUAUCUACGUCCCAUCCAUGGUGGUGGGUGGCCUCAUGGGCAGACUGGUUGGCCAUUUCGUCCAGUACACGGUCCUGUUGUAUCCGGGAUUCGGGUUGUGGGGUGCUUGUGCGUCGAAAGAGGCCGGAUCAUGCAUCCAACCUGGCGUGUAUGGUCUUAUUGCCGCCGGUUCAACGAUGUGUGGCGUGACUCGACUCUCGGUAACUCUUGCUGUUAUUCUGUUUGAGCUCACCGGCAGCCUGGACUACGUACUGCCCUUCUCCCUAGCAAUUCUGGUGGCAAAGUGGACUGCAGACGCCAUUGAACCAAACAGCAUCUACGACCUGUUGACGAACAUGAAUUCGUACCCAUUCCUCGACAACAAGCACAAGCCCAUCUUCACCUCAGACCUGGCCGACAUCGUUCCUCGUGUCCGUCGAGAAAGGAUCAUCGACAUCAGCGCCUCUCCUGCAAUAUGUGCAACCACCCUUCGCCAGAAGCUCCUGACGCUACACAGAGCGGGAGAGAUUGACGGAGGCCUGCCCGUUAUCCGAGACGGUAUCCUCGUCGGCAUGAUCCCGGCCCCCGAUCUAGAGUACGCUUUAGACAACCUGGACGAUGAAGCCUCGAGCAUGUGUCUGAUGGCUCCUGUCACAACCAUCGAAGACUCCGAUGAUGAUUCGGAGGUAGACAAGACCGAUUUCACCCCGUAUAUCGAUCCGGCUCCUGUGGCACUGGACAUUAGGUCGCCCAUGGACCUCGUAUAUGAGUGCUUUGUCAAGCUCGGUCUGCGCUUUGUGUGCGUCCUGAAAAACGGACGAUACGCCGGAAUGGUACACAAAAAGACCUUCGUGAAGUACAUGCGGGAGCUCGAGGAGAUGCAAGGUCACUGA